AUGAAUCACUACAUUAAACUUACCUCACGAUUUACCACAUUUCCCAUUGUCCUCGACAUGACAAGGGAGUGUAUGAACCCAGCCAACGACAUCUCUCGUGGCUCUGCUGUUGAGGAUCCGUCCGCGACAUGUCUGGAUACGUUGUCGCCUUUGCUUCCGCUUUUUCCUCUUAGUGGUCCUGAGCAUCACGGAUCCAUGCAGUCAGAAUGGAGCGAGAGUACUUCGCCUAGUCUCGCAGACUCGUUGCUCUCGCUCGGCUUUGAUUCUGCGGACACGAUGGGUACGACGCUCUACAACAGCGACUUGCUCUCGGACUCAUCUGUAUCCCCAGUAACGACGCCAAAGGAAACCACAGCUUCGCGUCUUUUUGCGCCUGUCGAUGCUGUCAUGUUCCCCCACCAGGACACGGAGCUGGAUGUCCCAUCCCCGAAGCGCAUGCGUAUGGACGCUGAGAUGCCAGCGCCCGGUAUGUUUCAGUCUCUGCUGUCUGUCCUGCGCCAUGACUUUACGCUCUUUCCUGGGGAUGACGAACUGCACGUGCCGAGUAAGCAGGACCUUGACAUGACGAAUCCUAAGGCGGAGAAGGUGAUGAGCUUGUUGGACACACUCAACGGGUCACCGACGCAGCAACCAUCUGUUUCGACGCAGCUUCGAUCAGGAUCGUUAGACUCGACUCUGUCAGAGCCCAAGACGGCGCCUCCUGCAUUGAUGGAGAAGACGCCAACGUCCAUGCCAGCGUCAGUGCUUCCCUCGCCACCGAUAACGGGCCUGGCAGUGACGCCGGCCUCGAUCAGCGCGCCUGCGCUCUCAACAACAUCGAUGGGCGGCACCAAGUCGUUCCGUGGGACGCGUAGACGUCGUCGUGACGUGGACGAGCUGCUUCCGCUGGAUGCACCGAUCCAACCACGGAUGUAUCACACCGAGUCGGCAACCUCGCGGCGAGACUCGAAAGAUCACAGUAGCAGUGGUGAGGUUUCGCCCAAGAAUGGCAACCCACUCGCUACGCCUACCUUGCCGUCGGCGGAGAACCAAGACGUGGAUGCACGCGCUCUCAAGCGGCUAAGCAACACGAUUGCUGCGCGUCGUAGCCGCCAUCGCAAGGCUGAGGAGCUCAAGCGUCUCUAUGACAUGAUUGAGCAACUUGAGAAGGAAGUAGGGGUGUGGAAGGGGCGAUGCGAGGCAGCUGAGCAGGAGCGAGAUCGUCUCAGGACGGACUCGGUUGCCUUGCGUAUGUAA